AUGACAAUAUCCCUCUCCCCCCUCACCCGCCGGCUCUUCAAACUCCCCCUCCCCCCUCCCUCCCCAACACUUAACCACCACUCCCUCCCAUCCUUCCUCACCCACGCCACCCGAACCUCCCUCCCCCCCACCAGCACAACCUACAUCGGCACACACUACGAAUACACCACACAACAAACCCUCCUCUCCUCCGCGCUCCUCCUCCACCGCACCGGCGGCCGUUCCGACGCCGGCCUCGACCUCCUCGGUACCUGGCACCUGCCCACCCACGAACAUCCGCUCCGAGUCCUCGUGCAAUGCAAAGCCCUGAAGACGAAGCUCGGACCGAAUCUUGUUCGUGAACUGGAAGGCACGUUUUCGCAGGCGCCGGUGGGAUGGCGCGGAAGUGGCGUGGUGGGGGUGUUGGUUUCGCCUAGGGAGGCGACAAAGGGUGUGAGGGAGGCGUUGGCGAGAAGUAGGUUUCCCAUCGUUUGGUGCUUGGUUGAGUUGGGGGGGAGAUUGAGGCAGGUUUUGUGGAAUGGAGCGGUGGAGGGGUUGGGGGUGGGGGAGUUGGGGGUUAGGGUUGUUUAUGGGGGGGGUGAAGAUAAGGGAGGGGAUGGGAAUGGGGUUGAGUUGACGUGGGAAGGGGAGGAGGUUCCUGGGAUGGAGGAGGUGGUGGGCAGGAUGGAGGACGUACAGAGGAGGUGGUUUGGCAUUUGGGAUGUUGGGGUCGAGAGAUAUGAGGAGGUGGUGGAUGUCGUGGAGAGGUUGUUUCCUGGGGAGAAGCCGUUGUUGUAUGUGUCUGAUGGGAGGGUGAGUGGGUUGAGUAGGGAGGAGAGGGAGGUUGUCAGGAGGUGUUUGCAUGGUGAUGAGGUCUAGGAUGAUGGGAUGGAUGGAUCUACGUGAAGAAUAGACUGUAAGAGUAUCAAUGAAAUGUAU